AGGCUCAUUUUUUUGUAAUGGGGGGGAUAGUGAGAAUUAUUUUGUACCCCUUCUCUUUUAUGUGCGAAUACUCCACUUUCAAGAAACCCCCACACCCUGGAUUCACAUCUCCCUGAUUGAGUCCUUACAAUUGCCUCCCCAAAUCUAGCUGGAACCUCUUUGAGGGACAGUAACGGUUUCAAAACCAACCAACCAACCAACAAAUAAAUAGUUAUUUCUUUCUUUUAAGCAAGAGGACCAGUCUUGUUCCUUGGGCUCCCAGGAGUCUCUUGUUCUCGUCUUAUGCCCCAGUCUUGGUUCUCAGUGGAGCCUGCCUUUCCCCAUCUGACCACCAGGAAGUUCUGCGUGGUGUCUUUCUCUCUCCCUUCUUGCAAUUUUUGAAAAGACCUAGGGCAUCUAGCCAUUGCUUCUGAUCCUGUUUCCCCGUUCCUCCCUGAGCCUCGUUUUCCCUGAUAGGAGGAUAUAUUUCAGCAUGCUCUCUCAGCUCAGGCCUGCACACUGCCAGGGGAGAAAUAGCAGGCAUGGGAGGAUAAGGAGUUCUAGCUGUACCUGGAGCCAGGGAGUUUUGGACUUGAUGGCCACCGUAGUAGGUAGAAGGGCUGUGGCUGCCAGUUCUUUGAGUGGAAGAGGUCCAGUUCUUCACGUACUCGAGUGUGACAAGGCUGGACUUUCCCAAGGCAAAUAAAAGGAUAUUGUGACCAGCUAGGAUGUGAUGAGUCUCCAGAGCCGGGCAGGCCGCCUGGGCUGAGAGGAACCUGUCUAGUAAGAGCUUGACAGGCUGGGUAUCAUCCUCAGGGCACAGAGCCGCUUCCUCUCUGGCUCUCAGCCCCAUUUUGGCUGAACUUGUGGAACAGGGACAGGGAUGCGUCUCUUCCUAAGGCUGGAUGAUAGGUGGGAGAGAGUUGUUGUGAGUAGCCACCUGUGUGGUGACCACAGGCUGACAGUAGGGUUGGGACAUUCAUAGUGAUGGACAGAAGACAGGCACAGGAUGGACAGGGGAGUCCCUGGUGCCUCCGGUCUCUUAGAUGGAGUGUUGGGGGCAGGGUUAGGGCUUUGGACCCUCAGAGGCAGACAUGAGGCUGGACGUUCGUGGGCUCAGUUAUGUCCUGUGAUGGAGUGACGGUGGUCUGUCUGUCUGGAAUUAUACUCUGAUGGAGGAAGGAGAGUUUGUGGGGGACCUUUGCCCCAGAGUUUAAUAGUAAGCCCAGGAUCUUGUCAUCUCUUGAUACAGUUUAUUAUAUUCCUCCCCACCAGAGAUAAGUCUGAGGUUCAUUUUCGUAAAGCCAAGGCACAGAGACAGCCAGCAAAGGACCAGAAUCACACAGCAAGGCAUGGUUAGAGGCCAACAAGGAACCUAAGGCAUCCUAGGCCUCCCAGACUCAGUCGGGGAUUAAGUCAUGGAAGGAUUAAAGGGGCAAAGGGGCGCUGCUGAAAGGAGGUUAAAGGCCAGGAAGGUGGGGAUAAUUAAGACCUUUGGAGAUGGGGGCAGUGAGGAGGAUCUUGGGAAGGGACCAGAGGUUAGACCAAGCCGCAGCCCCUCCCCCCGCGCUUCCUCUAGGCUGUCUAACCUCCCUCCCUCCUACUGCAACCCGAGUCCCGGGCGGCGGGCCGGCGUAUCGGGUGACCGCGGCGACGCAGCCACCAGCCUCCUCUGCUCUUCGGCGGGGCUGCGCCGGCGGGGCCGCGCCGCGGGAGGGGGCCGAGAGGGGAUGCGCACGGCGGCGCAACGCGCCGCGCCAGGUGGAGUCGCGGUUACCGGGGCGACCGGGGCCCGGGCCCGCUCGGCGGCGGCGGCGGCGGCUCUCGCACUGCAGCAAAGGGCACCGGCGGCGGCUGUGGAGGCGGCCGGGGGAGGGGAGAGCCCGCGCGGGUGGGAGUAGCGGGCCGUUCUCCCUCCCCCGCCCGACGCGGGACCCGGCCAGGAGCGUGCACCUGUGGCCGCAGCAACCAAACUACUGGAGUUUCAAGACCCGCAGCUCGCGCCAUACUCAGGGAGCCCAGCCAGGGCUAGCAGACCAGGCAGCCAAGCUGUCCUACGCCUCGGCUGAGUCGCUGGAGACAAUGUCCGAGGCCGAGCUGCCCCUGGGCUUCAGCAGGAUGAACCGCUUCCGACAGAGCUUGCCUCUCUCCCGCUCUGCCAGCCAGACCAAGCUGCGCUCACCAGGGGUCCUGUUCCUGCAGUUUGGAGAGGAGACACGACGUGUACACAUCACGCAUGAGGUCAGCAGCUUGGACACGCUGCACGCACUCAUCGCGCACAUGUUCCCUCAGAAGCUCACCAUGGGCAUGCUUAAGUCGCCCAACACCGCCAUCCUCAUCAAGGACGAGGCUCGCAAUGUCUUCUACGAGCUGGAAGACGUCCGGGAUAUCCAAGACCGAAGUAUCAUUAAGAUCUAUAGGAAGGAGCCGUUGUAUGCUGCUUUUCCUGGCUCACACCUCACCAACGGUGACCUCCGGGUAUGUCUGAGAGCACCCAAGACACUGAGAGAAAUGGUUUACGCGUCGCGGGAGUCGUCGCCCACGCGGCGCCUCAACAACCUGUCGCCCGCAUCGCACCUAGCAUCUAGCUCCCCGCCUCCAGGGCUGCCAUCGGGGCUGCCUUCGGGACUGCCAUCGGGCUCGCCUUCGCGUUCACGCCUCUCCUAUGCUGGGGGCCGGCCGCCCUCUUACGCCGGCAGCCCGGUGCACCACGCGGCUGAGCGACUGGGAGGCGCCCCGACCGGCCAGGGCGUGAGCCCCAGCCCCAGCGCCAUCCUGGAGCGGCGCGACGUGAAGCCAGAUGAGGACCUGGCGGGCAAGGCUGGCGGCAUGGUGCUGGUGAAGGGCGAGGGCCUCUAUGCCGAUCCCUACGGGCUGCUGCACGAGGGCCGUCUGAGCCUGGCCGCCGCGGCGGGAGACCCAUUCGCAUACCCGGGCGCGGGCGGCUUGUACAAGCGGGGUUCCGUGCGCUCUCUCAGCACCUACUCCGCUGCCGCGCUGCAGUCCGACCUGGAGGACUCGCUGUACAAGGCGGGCGCUGGCGGCCCGCUCUACGGAGACGGCUAUGGCUUCCGUCUGCCGCCCUCGUCCCCGCAGAAGCUGGCCGACGUCUCGGCGCCCUCCGGGGGACCUCCACCCCCGCACAGCCCCUACUCCGGGCCACCCAGCCGCGGCUCGCCGGUGCGCCAGUCCUUCCGCAAAGAUUCGGGCUCCUCGUCGGUCUUUGCUGAGAGUCCUGGAGGCAAGGCCCGCAGCACCGGGAGUGCCUCCACGGCCGGAGCACCACCUUCUGAACUCUUCCCUGGACCUGGGGAGCGCUCCCUUGUAGGGUUCGGGCCGCCGGUGCCAGCCAAAGACACAGAGACCAGGGAACGCAUGGAGGCUAUGGAGAAGCAGAUUGCCAGCCUCACUGGCCUAGUACAGAGUGCCCUACUGCGAGGCUCAGAGCCGGAGACCCCAAGUGAGAAGGUUGAAGGCUCCAAUGGAGCAGCCACUCCCUCAGCACCAGUGUGUGGGUCAGGCAGUAAGAGUAGCGGGGCCACUCCGGUGUCGGGCCCUCCCCCGCCCUCGGCCAGCAGCACCCCUGCAGGGCAGCCCACUGCUGUCAGCCGUCUGCAGAUGCAGCUGCAUCUGCGUGGCCUACAGAACAGCGCUAGCGACCUGCGUGGCCAGCUUCAGCAGCUGCGCAAGCUCCAGCUCCAGAACCAGGAGUCGGUGCGCGCGCUGCUGAAGCGCACCGAGGCGGAGCUGAGCAUGCGCGUGUCGGAGGCGGCGCGGCGGCAGGAGGACCCGCUGCAGCGGCAGCGCACCCUGGUGGAGGAGGAGCGUUUGCGUUACCUCAACGACGAGGAGCUCAUUACUCAGCAGCUCAAUGACCUCGAGAAGUCAGUGGAGAAGAUCCAGAGAGACGUGGCCCAUAACCACCGGCUAGUGCCGGGUCCUGAGUUGGAAGAGAAGGCGCUGGUGCUGAAGCAGCUUGGGGAGACGCUGACGGAGCUCAAGGCUCAUUUCCCAGGCCUGCAGAGUAAGAUGCGGGUGGUGCUGCGCGUGGAGGUGGAGGCAGUGAAGUUCCUGAAGGAGGAACCUCAACGCCUUGACGGGCUCCUCAAGCGCUGCCGGGGGGUCACUGACACGCUGGCCCAGAUCCGAAGGCAAGUGGAUGAGGGUAUGUGGCCCCCCCCCAACAACCUCCUGAACCAGUCCCCCAAGAAGGUGGCAGCUGAAACCGACUUCAGCAAAGGCUUGGAUUUUGAAAUACCACCCCCGAGUCCUCCACUGAAUCUUCACGAGCUGAGUGGACCUGCCGAAGGCACCCCUCUCACCCCAAAGAGCACUAACCCCACCAAAGGCCUGGAUGCUUCCAGCAAGAGAAACACGGACAAAGCUGUGUCUGUUGAGGCUGCGGAGAGAGACUGGGAAGAGAAGCGGGCAGCCCUGACCCAGUACAGCGCCAAGGACAUCAACCGGCUGCUGGAAGAGACCCAGGCUGAGCUGCUCAAGGCUAUCCCUGACCUGGACUGUGCCAGCAAGACCCACCCAGGCCCUGCUCCCACUCCAGACCACAAGCCCCCUAAGGCACCCCAUGGUCAGAAGGCAGCUCCCCGGACAGAGCCCAGUGGGAGAAGAGGAUCAGAUGAGCUCACAGUGCCCCGAUACCGCACAGAGAAGCCCUCCAAGUCACCCCCGCCACCCCCUCCCCGCCGGAGCUUCCCUUCCUCCCAUGGCCUGACCACAACACGCACUGGAGAAGUGGUGGUCACCAGUAAGAAAGACUCAGUCUUCAUCAAGAAGGCUGAGUCCGAGGAGCUAGAGGUCCAGAAGCCCCAGGUGAAGCUGCGCCGUGCUGUGUCUGAGGUGGUCCGCCCCGCAUCCACGCCGCCCAUUAUGGCCUCUGCCAUCAAGGACGAGGACGACGAGGAGAGGAUCAUUGCUGAGCUGGAGGUGUUUGAAAGGAGUUCAGUAUCUUCCCUUCCCCCCACGCCCCGCCGCCAGCCGAUCCCCACCUUGCUGUCCCCCCAGGACAUGGGGUCCCCUGGGGGCUCAGCUCUGGGCUCCCCACGGAAGGCUGCCUCAGGGCCCGGGGACUUCUGUGUCCCUCAAAUCAUCUUGACAGAAUGCACUCCCAGCUCUCCCACUCUGCCAGAGAUCACCUUAGAGGAACUGGGUCCCAGGACAGUUCCCACACCCAGACCCCGGACCCUGGCUGGCAGUGGGAAGGCUUGGAAUGGCCCCCAGGCCUUGCUGGGACUAGCAGCUGAGACACUCUGGUCUAGGAGCAGCUCAGUGCCUGGAAAGGAACCAGCACUUCUACAGAGCCCUCACAGUGUGGAAGCCAGAGUUCUCUGUCUUCGGGGACCGUCCCCGGAUGAGACUCGGAAGACUUUUACUGUUGAGACCCACUCAGAAGAGACCCCUCAAAACUCUGUAUGUGACACUCAAGCUUGCAGUAGGGGACCGCAGGCCAUCAACUCAGGCAGUACGGUACAGGAUGCUACCCUACGACGUAUGGACAGCCUGGAGGAGACACUCCAGGAACUAGAAACCACCCUGAGUGAGAUGGGCGCCAAGUCGACGAUGACGAUGAUGAUGUGUCCAGGCAUCCCCCAGCCCCUACAUCCCCACCCCCAGAGUGGUGGUAGCAGCGUGCCACCCAUGAAGGUGGUGACUCCCGGAGCCUCGAGGCUGAAGGCGGCCCAGGGCCCAGCAGGCAGCCCUGAUAAAGGCAAACAUGGCAAGCAACGAACGGAAUACAUGAGGAUCCAGGCCCAGCAGCAGGCCACUAAACCAUCUAAAGAGGUGAGCGGUCCGAAUGAGACCUCAAGCCCCGGCUCAGAAAAGCCCUCUGGUUCCAGAACCUCCAUCCCUGUAUUGACUUCCUUUGGGGCAAGGAAUUCUUCCAUCUCCUUCUAGAAGCCCCUCAUGCCACCACCCCAGCCCGCCCCUCCCAUACUCCCGCCAUCCGUCCCUCCUUCCUUUCAUGCCCGCUCUACCCUGCCCACUCUCACGCCUGAAAGGUUGCAGGGGGCAUGGCCCUUUGCCCUCUCAUCUCCUCUUGGUGUUUUUGGUUUUUUAAGCGAUUUCCUUUAAUUAUCUUUCUUUUCCUUUUUUUCUUUUUUAAAGAGCAAAUGAGAAAGCUAAAAACCAAACACACCAACUUCCCCUGACUUCCGGUUCCCUAGCGGCCUCUGCUCCGCCCACUUCCUGUCAUCUUCUUCCCCUCUGCUCUUUCACCCUCCUCCCCUCCCCUCCCCCCAAGUCCAUCCAAAGUUCCCACCUCCUCUAACUUCCCAAGAACACUUGGAACAAACUCUGAGCCACGGAGACUUGGAGCGGAGCGAGGCCCCCCUCCCGUUACUGGGUUCCUUCCUGGAGGAACAGAUGGACAAGGACUGACCCAGCAUCAGGCUGGACAAUGGACAAGGGAGACCCUGGCCUUGGAGACGCCCACUGUCUGUCCAGCCUUCGAAGAGACAGAACUCUGCUGCUGGCCUGUGGUUUUUCUUUCAAACCAGGGUGGGCCUGGAAGCAGGCCUAGCUGGAGGGGAUCCCCAGAGAAGAGGCCAAGGCUGGGUGUGAGGAGGGAAAGGGGGGACACUAGGUGCCAGGGGAGAAGCCGGCUCGCUGCUGCUCAGUGUCCGGCUGGUGCUAGCAACAGAUGGAAGGAGGUCUCCAGGACACCUGUUAUGGAAGGUGCUUCUGGGGACAGCCUGCCCCUGGGGAUCUGCCUUGGGAGAGGGCAGUUCUGAGAGGGGCAUCUGGUACUUUUAGUUCCCUAAUUUAGCACUUUAAAUGCCAUUAACUUAUUUUAUGGGGGUGGGGUGGGGAAGAUGGAAGGGCCUAGAAACAUGUUUGGAGGGUGGGAAGGGUCUGGUUUGAGGGAUACAGGGAGACGGGACGGGUGGGUGCAGUAAAGUCUCUGACCCCUAGAGGGCGCAACUUGACCUUCAGCCAGCCUCUAUGAUUUGAGGGUUUUCAGGGAAGGCAUGAGAUGCGACGACUUGCCGGUGGGGAUCUGGUGACCACUUGUCAGGUGUUUGAGGGUCCCCAAGGCAGAAGAGCCAGUUAGUACUCCAGUCUGGAUACCUUGCAGGGGUCCUGCACAGGACAGACUGGCUUUGAAUGGGUCCAGGAGUCUAAGGGAGAGGCUGACUUGGUUCUGGCCUGGCCCCCAGCCGCUACAGUGGGGCCAGAGCAAGAAGGAAGAAGAUCGGGAAGGUGGAGGGGCUUCCCUUUGGAGCACAAAGCAUGUAAGCACAGAGGUGUGGUCUUGGGACCAGUCCCACAGUAGCACAGAGAGGAGCCAUUGAAGGGACAGAACCCCAGGACCCUGGCGCCCAGCAGGGGAAAGCCAAGCGGCAGCUGUUGAGGGUUUGGGUUGGGAGGGAAAACUGGGUUGUGUUUCCUUUCUUUGAUUUUGUUUAUUUUUAUUUCUAUUUUUGUUUUGUUAGUUUGCUCUUGUUUUCUAGCUUUGGGUCAUUUUUGUACUAAGGCAAGCAAGCCUUUUUGAAAAAUAACAAAAGAAGAAGAAAAAAAUCCCUCCCAGAAAAAAAAACAAAAACAAAAAACAAAACAAAAAACAAAAAAACCUAAAAAAAAUAGAAAAAAAAAAAGGACCUCACAAUGAUGCAAUUACUUUUAAUUGCAAGCAACUCUUUACAUUUAAGUGAAGUGUCUUAACAUUUUAUAUUGUUUUAAAAAUAUAUUUACAUAUUAUAUAUAUAUAAUAUACGUAAUAUAAAUAUAUAUAAAUAUUUAAAAAAGAAAAAAAAAAAAAGAAAACCACAGCACACUCUCCCUGGCCACUGUCUGGCAGGGGAGGGGCUGGGGACAGGCGUGUGGCCUGGUUUCUGUAGUCCCUGUGGAGCAGUUUGGUUUGAUUUGGCUGUACAGAGACCCCUGGCUUGGGAGGGGAGGGGGAGGGGCCCCUCCACUCCAUUUCUCUUUGCUUGCUACUCUUUGCUUGCCCCCACACCCGCUCAGCCCUGAGACCUGAGUGUGCGCCCCUCCGUCAUUGUCCUGAGUUGAGUGUCCUUUGUGGAGAGACAGGGAGGUGGAAGAAGUGACUAUUCAUGCAGGGGCUGCCCCACGAGCUCAGGCAAGGCCCCCGUGGGCUUUGCGUAGUUCUAGUUCUUCAAUUUGGUUACUGCGCGAGUGUGUCCUGGAAGGAAUUUGUAUGGGAUUGUGUGCAGCCUCUGUGUGUGUGUGCACACGCUGGCACAAGCCUACAUAACUUGUGUGUGCACAUGCAUGGGUUGUGUGUGCAUAGGCAAAACGUGAUAUUGUAUGUGUGAAGCCUUGUACAUGUAUGUGAAUGUGACCUGCCUGGUAUCAACAUGAUUGUGUGAGGAGAGCCUUGGGAGUAAGGACGUGUGUGAUGUGUGUGGACACGCCUGGCUGUUCACGUGAGGACCACAUAGGGAUGGGUUUAGAUAACGUCAGCUGUGGGUAUGGUUGUAUGCAGGUGCAGGCAGGCGUGUGAGAGGGUCUCUGUGUGUGAGAGUACUCGUGUGCAUGUGUGUGUUCCAUCAUCCCUGCACCACUCGCCCGGCACCCCUCCCAAGCUCCCCACCCCACCUGUCUUCUCAAAGCCCACAGCACGUCAAUCCCCGCCCCCACCCCCAGCUGCAUGCGCCUCGCCGCUAUCCAUCAGUGUGUGCUUGACAAGAGAAACUGCCACAUCGGGGGACCCUGUACCUGGUCCCCUCACCCCUGCCCGCUGUGCUGUGAUACUCGCAUGGGGGGUUCUCUCUGGCCCCUUCCACAAUAUACUCUUUUCCCCAGGGGCCUCGGGCAAAGGCUCUGAGUGAGGUCCCAAGUGGGGCCCCCCAAGGCCAGCCCGGCUCCACACCCACCCGUCCACCCUGUAGGGCCUGUGUUGGUGUAGAAGUGAUGGCGUCUGUGGAUAUUGUGACCUCUGUCAGUGUAAAUUGACGAUUUCUAAAUGGAAAGGGUUGCUGUGUUUUCUGUCUCCUUUUUAAUGUCCUUUCUCUCUUCCCCACCUCCCCGCUCUCUUCCCGUCCCUUUUGGUUUUUCUAGCCGAGUGUUGGGGCUUUAAUAAAACUUGUUUCUUUUUUCUCUCCUGGA